AUGAGCGCAACGCAGAAAUCCGAUGCUGACGCCAAGGCUAUGGCCACACCCGCAGACUCGAAGCAGGAAGUCAAGCCGGUGAAGGUCUCGAAGCCUCGGAUCGACUGCAUUGACGGCUGCCGCUUCGCGCUGGUCUUCCCCAUCGUGAUUGCGCACUUUGCGAG